UUGCAUUUUUUGGAAAAUAUAUUCCAGAAUGUGACUUUUUUGAAAGUAAUCGUUUGGAAAUUACACACAUACAUACAUACUUAGUUCUGCUUACACACUCUUACACAUACCUUAGGUUACAACAGACCCAGAUGAGGAGCAACCCAAAUGGCGUCCGUUACUCGAAAGCAAAAUGAUACUCGCAAUUGUUGUUGCUAUAUGGUUUUCAACCUCCACAAUGGCUAUAUUGGAACCGUGUUUACCCAUUUGGCUAAUACAGAACCUUCAUCCCACCAAAUGGCAAUUGGGUACAGUUUUUAUACCAGAUUCUGUUGGCUAUUUUAUUGGCACCAAUUUCUUUGGCACAUUUGCAUACAAAUAUGGGCAAGUGAAAAUUUCCUGCAUUGCAUUAUUACUUGUCGGAGUUUCAGCGUUUUUGAUUCCAAGCGCCACCACAGUCAGCCAAUUGCUUUUGCCCCAUUUCGGUUUGGGUUUGAGUAUUGGAGUUAUUGAUGCAGCGUUGGUGCCGCUACUGGCUAGUUUUGUUGAUGCCACCUUAGCGCAGGAGGAACAAUGCGAAAGCGAUGGCAUUGGCGGCGGCAACUCCAUGUCCAGCUAUGGCACAGUUUAUGCCAUACAACAGACAUCUGUUAGUUUAGCCUAUUGCUUAGCUCCUUUACUGGGUGGCGAGUUGGCGCAAGCAUUUGGUUUCUCUUGGUUAAUGCGCAUUGUUGGUUUCUUAAACAUAUGUUACGGACCCGUAUUGGUAUUACUGCAUCAAAAGUAUAAUCCCAAGACCAUACGCGAAAAGCACAAUGAGUUAUUGCUCAGAAACAGUGGCCAUAGCACCCAGUAUAAGCAACUCUACAACUCUAUUGACAUAGAGUAAAAACUAGCAAUUGUUCGAUUAACAGAAGAUCGUUUGCAUCGGUGGAAAUUCCGGCGAGCUUUGCCAUCAACUUAAAACUAGAAACUAAGAAAUAUUGUAAAUAGUUUUACGUCAGUUAAGUUGUUGUAAUAUGCAUACACUCUUAUUGUAUUUAUCGACUGUACCCAAAUAAU